GGAGGAGGAGGAGGCGGCGGCGGCGGAGGAGGAGGGAGGGGGUGAACUAUCUUGCCACUACACUUUGUGUCUUUGGCAGCUCGCAGCCAGCGAUCUCGUGUACACACUAGUACUACUGUGUAGCCUCUCUCUCUCUCUCACUCACUCACACACACACACACACACACACACACUCACACAGAGGGGGACGCACAAUGCUCCGCUGGCCGCGCUGAGGACAGGACGCACAAACUCCGUGUCAACAUCAGCCACCUCCGUUACUAUGCUGCCUUUUACUCGGUGAAAGUACAUCGACCACCACAGCCAAACCAUGAGAGGCAUCCUAAAGAGGAAGUUUGCAGAGGUAGAUGACAGUCCCUGCUCCCCCUCCCCCUCCUCCUCCUCCUCCUCCUCCUCUCCUCUGUCCUCUUCCUCCUCCCCUGCCUCAUUGCAGUGGGAGUCCGACGGGGAGAGCGGCUCCUCUGACAACCAGGACUUCACCCCUCACAGCCCCUCUCCGCUCACCAGUUUACCCAUUCGGUCCACCCUGAAGAGGCCCAAGCUCGGCGGUCCACAGGGCAAUGUGCGUUUUGACCAGGUGACCGUGUUCAGUUUCCCACGCUGCCAGGGCUUCACCAGUGUGCCCAGGCGUGGAGGUGCCACCCUGGGCAUGGUGUGGCGGCACAGCACCCUUCAAAGCUACACUGUGGCGGAGCACGCUCUGGAGCAGCGGCACAGGCGCAGAGAGCGGCUCCGGGAAAAACGGAGGGAAGAGCGGCUCGCCGCACUGAAACACAAACUGAUCACCAGCGGGGCCAUGGACCAGCGAGAAGCAGACGGGCUCACUGUGGAUCAAAUCCCGGAGGAGGACAGUGAUGUCCACAUCGGUGACGCCGAGCUAAAGGAUGGAGGUUUCCUUCUGCCGUACUCGUCCAAACAGAGGCAGGCACUCCUCCAGGCGGCGGGGGUGAAGCGCAUCGACAGGGAGCAGAAGAGGCAGCUUCACGCCCUGCGUCUUUCCAGAGAGGCUUGUGGGUGCGACUGUCAGGGCUUCUGUGAGCCAGAGACCUGCGCAUGCAGUCUGGCAGGCAUAAAGUGCCAGGUGGAUCGCUUCAACUUCCCAUGUGGCUGCACUAAGGACAGCUGCGGAAACACUCACGGACGCACGGAGUUCGACCCCCGGCGUGUGCAGACCCAUUACAUCCACACGGUCAUGAGGCUCGAACUGGAUAGACGACUGCACAAUGAGCCGCUGAGCCGGGACGAGCAAACAGGGCUUCCAGAGGAGCUCGUGGCGUAUGAGGACAAGGGCGAGGCUCACGCGGUGCAGAGUGCUCAGGACAAGAGCUGCCCCUUUGGGUUCACCAUGGAGGAAGACGGUCUCUCCCUCACCCUGCCCGACACACCUUCCUUCCAUUUCAUCCCAGAGCGGCUGGUCGUGGAGGAGAACAGCUGCAGCAGCGACAUGACCGAAUCCUCGUGCUCCUCCUCCGACUCUGAUGCAGGAGGAUGCCUCGCCGGGAGCCAGAGUCUCCCUGAAACGUUGCCCUGUUCCCUUACUGCCCGUGAUUCUGACAACGAUAACUACUCUUUGUGCAAUCAACUGAGGCACAUGGGGGAACCACUGACGCAGCACGCCGGCAACUCUGCCUCACACAGCACAACUGCCAACAGCACGGGACCAAUUACAGACAACGCAAGCAGGAGCUCACUGACAGAUUAUCUCGACGAGAAUGCGAACCAAGCCAGAGACUUCUUCGACAGCGACUCUCUGGACGGCUUCCCCAACACGCCCUCCCCCACUGUGGACUAUUCCCCAGGGAGCUACAUGGACCUGAGUCUGUCCUCGGACUCCGACCUGGAAUUCUUCGACAGGGACUACCCCUCUGGACUGCUGCACAGCUCCUUUAAAGGACUCAGAUACCCAGAGAGCUUUCAGCAUCUACAGCUGUGCAGCAGCUCUGUGAACCUGCCUCAGUACGAGUCGAGCACCUACCUCCUGGAGUCCUUGAUCGGCCUGACAGAACCGAGCCCAGUCACAGACAAUCAGCCUUUCAUAGGCGAUUCAAGGAACUGACAUAACAGAAAUCCAUGUGAGAGAAUUAUAUGUAAAGAGCACUGCUUUUAUAUAUUUGUAAGAAUAUUUCAUUGUACAAAGAAUGAUUGAUAAAGUAUAUUUUUGCCCAUGCUAAAUAUUUUCUCUAUUGCCUAAAACUGAAAUGCCUUUGUUUCAGAGAAACCACACUUGAGUAAUCUAAUAUAUGUCCUGUUUUUUUAAUUUCAUAAAUAUGUAUAAUGACAUUACUAUUAUUGUUAAUUUCUUCCACUGCCACUGAUAAUAUUGGAUUUUGAUGAAUUGGGGGUACACAUCAUUUUUAAAGGUAAUGUUAUUCAAAGUGACCAAAGGUUGGGUCAGUGCAGAGAUAUCAUGUAAGCAGUUAUAUGUGGCCGGUUGGUGGCCGUGGUGUAAGCAGGAUUGUCCACUUUGACUCAUAUGGCUCGAGGCUUCAUUUUGUGAAUAAGAUUUAUGAACUGCCUGGAUCAUUGUGGAUUCUCCCCGAUGUGCUUUAUAAGUAUGUUUAGAAUCUCUGUAUUGGAUUAAUAAAAGAAAACUGUUUUAUUUAUUUUUUCCACUGAUUUCAAA